AUGAGAAAACACGGGCCCAGAUGUUCAAAUUACGUCAGACGUGGAAUGAAGUGUUCCCACCAAAGAAGUUAUAUGCAGUAGACGUACGUGUAAAUGCAAUUGAUCCAGCAUGGCCAAUCACAGCUGUGCCUCCUACCAUAUAUGUGAAUCCGAAGUUUUUUCGUCAGCAGGCACCGCCAGCUCCUAAUUCCCAGCCGUCUUCCACUGCUGUGUCUGCUACCCCUCCAGCUACACCAGCAGUUCCUCCCACAGCCGUGGAAGAUCCUCAUACAAUCAAUGAAGCCAAAAUGAGGGAGCAGUUGCUUAAGAAGCAGAAGGAGCUGCUGGAACUUCAGCAGAAAAAAUUGGAAUUAGAGUUGCUGCAAACAAAAGCAAGAUUAGAAGAACAGCAGAAACAGUUAGAGAGACAGACUGGACAUCUUCAUUCUGAGCAGCUGAGACCACCAAUGCACAUUGCUGGGCAGGAAGCUGCUAAACUACUUGCACCACCUAAACCAAUGGAAUCUCCAGUGGUCUCAACGAAAUCACAAACGGUCGUGCCUGUACCUGCCACAGUUGUCAAUACUAGUCAGAAUUCUGGGACAGUAACAGUAACUGUUCCUGAAGCAGCUGGUGCUCCUGCAGGACCUGCUGCAAGAGGUAGUGGCAGUGCUUCAGGUAGCAGCAAGAUGAAGAUUGAGACGAAAUCAACAGGAGCAACAGGGCUGAAGACUUCAGCUACAUCAUCAUCAUCAAGCACCAGCUGCCGUCCAAUUCCAACACCAGCACUAACUGCUGUCACCCCUGGCGUACGAUCGAGGGAUCCUCGGCUUGCUUCUCGGCAACUGCAGUCUAAUGCAGUUCCAGAAAAUAGUAUGGUACAGCCACAAGAUGAGGAAAUACAGGAACCUGAUUUAAUCUUUGAACCAGUUAAACUAGAGACUGCCAAACCAAAACCUCAGAUCACAAUCAAUAUUGGUUGUGUCAAUAAAGGUACUGUAAAUAAAGAAACUCGAGGAAUCAGUAAGAAAGACCCUCGUUUGAUAAGUAAUAAGGUUCAUGGUUUAAAUAAUAGUAAUAUCAAAGGCCGGACGUCCUCUGCCACUAGUAGUGGAGUUGGUGGUAAGGGAAGUGGCAAGAUGUUUGGGAGAGGUCCUUCUCCUUUACCUUCCUCCCCAUCCCACCCCAGUAGUGGUGGUGGUGGUAGUAAGAGUUUGAGUUCCCCUUCCUCAUCAUCACAACGCAAAACACAAAGUAAAGGUGGCAGUAAUGGUAGCACAAAGCCACCACGUAACAAAGCUCUUCCUAGAAUAAUAAAGAUUGACCUUACAGAUAGUCCUCCACCAAAAGCAGGUGAUACAAAGGAAGAAAGUAGUACAAGUAAGCAGAAUACUGAAACUGGUAAUAAAAGUAGCUCUCCUUCCUCUAAAACAGAAAGUCACAGAAAGAAAUCCUUACCUCUUGGUACAAGCAGAUCUUCUGAGAGGAAGAAAGGGUCAGGGAAAUCUGGCAGUGAAUCUUCAGGCAUGGGUGGGAACUCUAGUAAUGGUAGUAUUAAGCAAGAAUGGAGAAAGAGUCCUGUGGUAGGGGAGAAGAGACAUCACGACCAUGAUCGCCCUGUAUCUAGUAAGUACGACAUCUUCGUUGAGCCGGAGGGUGAUUCUCCAUCACCACCACCACCUCCAGUCAUCAGUACAGACAACAAGCGGAGAGGUGAAUCUUCUCCAUCAAAGGGCAGUGUGUUUAAAGAUGUGAAGCUACCAAAAGGUCGCAACUAUAUGAGAAGAAACCUGGCUCCCAAGCCUCGCAGCGUGGAAAUUCCUCCUGUGACUGCCACAGGAGAUGUGGACCUGCGCUUGGGUGCACCUCCGGAGAAUUGUCCUCACCUAGACAUGUUCCAGCCAGAUACCACCACAUCAGUACCUUCUGCCAAAGAGGAUGUCAAAGAACCACUUGUAGAAGCUGCAAAUCAGGAUGUGGAUUUGCGUCAUCUUCCUGGGUCACCUAGUAGGAAACGUUCAUCCACGGAAAGAGGAGAGCAGCCACCACCAAAGAAAACAAAAGCAGAAGUAUUUGAUGAGUUGUUUGGAAAUGAAGAUGUUGAUCUUCGACAGUUACCUCCCAAUGUACCAGUUGUCAUGCAGACUGUACCUCCAUCACCACCCCCACCUCCAGUAAUAUCUCAAUCUUCACCUGUUCCAACAUCAGCAUCGUCUCAGGAUAGUUCAGUGAACACUACUUCAUCUUUAAAGCAGCCAUCACCUGAGAGAGAAAGGGUGGAGUCUGAAGUCCGCAUGGAUGAAUGCAAAUCUGUUAGUGAAGACGAUGGUAAAGAGAAUUGUGAAAGUGAACUGAAGUCUCGAGGUUGGGCAAAAUAUAAGGAGAAGAAACCAGAUACAUAUAAAUCUCCAUUGCGGCCCAUGGGUCGUUCUGGUCGUGACGAACUUGAUCUACAAAAAUCACGUAGUUCAACUCUAGGGUCCAGUUCACAACUAAGAGGAAGAGACAUGAUAUAUGGAAAUCCCAGGGACAGAGGAUUGUCAAAUUUUCACAGAAGUAGUGGAAAGUUUGAUAAACUUGGACAACCACUUCUUUAUCACAAGUUGCCAGAUGAUCCUGGAGAAAGGCGUCGGUCCCUCAGCACUGCAGUUGAAGAGGAUACAGAUAUGAGGCAUCAUUUAUUUGAUGAUGCUAGUGAUAUCAAUGUUAAUAUGAUCAUGCAGGAAGCUGAUGAACAGCUAAAAAAUGGCACAAUAUCGUUUUCUCAUUAUAAUACAGUGCUGAAACAGGUAAUUCAGUUAAAUGAAGUUCAGAAGUUAAGAGAAGCACAAAGACGAGAUCAGCAGGAAAAUAAAGAGAACUGGGAACGGAGCAGAAGAAGACGUGCAGGGGAAACCGGUCAUUUAUCGCCAAUCAUUGCAGAUGAUGAUAGACAAGGUAGUUCCUCUAUAGAUGCCAGGUUUGGAGACAUCGAUGAGAGAUUCCCAGUACUUCAUAAGCAUAGAAAUCUUACAACCUCAUUGCCAUCAUCUUCUGAGCUGUCCAUGCCAGGCAAAUUUCAGCCUGGACCAUCACAAUGGAAUGAUGCUGGACGUCCUCACAUGAGAUCUGGUCAUUGGGACCAUGCACCUAAUCCAUGGAUACGCAGUGCACAUAGUGCAAACUCAGUACCCUUAACUCAAGGUCACCUUGGCACUCAUGUCCGUAUGCUUAAUCCAGGCCCAAGUCAAGGACAAGGCAUCCCCUUUCACCAAACUUCAGGACCAGAAUUUCAACCAGUUGACAGUUUUGGUGGAGUUAACCGGUGGAGACCACAGUUUCAGAGUCGUACACCUUUUGAAGGUGAUGUAGAUAGGUUUGAGUCACGUUUUAGUGGCCGUUCGGAUAACAGAUUUCGGGGACCUACUCCAUCUUUGCUGCAGCAGCAGCAGAUACAUCAGCAGCAGGCACGUGGAAAUGAUGAACUGCCACCAGCAGAUCCUAUGAUUCUCGAGCUCAUAGCACAGGAUAGAAUGAGGACUAUUAAUAUAGACGGUGUGCCUAGGGAAAUACGUUUCUACGGUGACACCGCUGUAGUGAUGCUAGCAUGGGACGAUCCACGAGAAAUCGGUUUCCAGGGAGGUGCACGAACAGUCACAUUUGAUGAGAGAGAGUCUAUACUCUGUUCUUUGAAUGAUACAUACAGAGAGUUUAUCAUUGAUGGAUGUACUCACAGGAUACGACUUGGUGCACCAACUCGUGAACUAUAUAUUGAUGGCAAGUGGUAUGAAUGUUUCUUUGGUGGUCCUCCAGUUACGAUUGAAAUUGAUGGGAAGAUGCAUGUUGUCAAAUUGGAGGGUCCACCUCCUCAAGUUAAAAUUGGCCUGAUGAAGCGGACAGAUCUGGUCGCUGGCAAGAUCAAUUUAAUCAUUAAUGCCAAAACUAUGGUACCUGUGUUCUUGGAUGCCAAACCACAAAGAUUUGACAUUGAGAAUAAACCCCACGUACUUCAUUUUGUCGAAGCUUUGUCGACUGUGUUAAUUAAUGGACAGCCUAUCAAAGUUGAAUUUGGUGGACUUCCAAAACCCAUUAUUGUUCGUGGCAAGAAGCACUUUAUACGUUUCACCGUGUUACCGCGUGGUAUCAGGCCUGGAUAUGUCAGCAUUGUUAAUAUGGAAGGUGGUCGUUUGCCAUCACCUCCUCGGCCGAAGAACGAAAACAGUGAAACCGUUACCUUUGGUGGAGAUGAUUCUAAUGAUGCAUCCAGCAGAUUCUCACAAGGACAUGAGCCUGUAUUACCUGUUGUAGGAGCUACUGGCAGUUUAGGUGGACGAGGUCUGAGAAAACAGUUUGGUGCAAACAGGGACCGAGAUUUACCUCAUGAGACUGAACAUGUAACAAACUCACCAGGACACUUCCAUGGAGAUAAUGCAGUGAAAGGACCUGUUCCUAUUCAACAACAAAAACAUAGACCACAGAGCCAAUUGCCACUGGAAAUGUUGAUGAGCUUGAUGCCAACUAUGAUGGCACCAGCAUCAGGUUUUGGUUACCAGGUGGAACAGAGCUCUCAAGAUGGUCAGCCAGGUCCCCAGGAACUGCCCACUCAGGUUCCAGACUCAGUACCUGGUGUUCCAGAGGCACAAUUACAUGGUGCUGGGCUAAGCAACAUCCCAUUCCUUCCUGCUGAAAUAAAUGUAGCUGAGCUAUUUCAGAGGCUGGUGGCAACGGGAAUUGUUCCACAGGCCGCAAAAUCUGAUGCAGAUAGCAAAAAGGAGGAAGAAGCAAAGUCUAUAAAGGCCGUUGACUUCGGGCAGCCUGAAACAUUGAAAUUACGUCAGCCUGGUGUAGUGGCUAUCCUAUACUCUGGUAUUCAGUGUAGUUCCUGUGGGGUACGUUUCCCUCCGGAACAGACUAUGAAGUACAGCCAACAUUUAGAUUGGCAUUUCCGGCAAAACAGGCGUGACAAGGACAAUACUCGCAAAGCUCAGAGUAGAAAGUGGUAUUAUGAUGUCUCAGAUUGGAUCCAGUUUGAAGAAAUUGAAGACUUGGAGGAGAGAGCACAAAGCUGGUUUGAAACCCAGCAGGCUGCAGAAGGUGAAGAAAAAGAGAUACAAGAAGUUCCCAGUGUUUGCGCUGGAGAAAAUCCUGACGACACAUUUUGUGCUGUAUGCCAUGACAAAUUUGAACAAUUUUAUAAUGAAGAAAGAGAAGAGUGGCACUUACGUUCAGCAUUGAGGGUAGACGGAAAAACAUAUCACCCUCUUUGCUAUGAUGAUUACAAGGGUUCGCUUGAGAUGUCACUAGAAGAACAGUAUGCCACCGAAGAUACUAAAGAUGAAGAGGAGGAAACUAAUACAGGCAAUGAGAUGGAAAACAAAGAAGAGGGUGAUGUAGAAAUGAUGAAUACCUCAGUUCCACAUGAGAACAAAGAGGAAUCAAUGAAUGAUCAGGAAGUUAAAACUGAAGAAGGAAAUGCUGAUGAAAAGGUGGGUGACAUUGAAGACCCGCUAAAGGACGUAAAACUUGAACCUCCAUUGGAUGCAACUCCAGUAAAAGAGGAACCCAUGGAAACUGAAGAUAAAGAACCUGAAACUGAGAUCAAGAUUGAGUCAGAAGAUAAGGAAACUGAGGAAGGAACUGGAGGGGAGGAAGACGUCAAGCCUGCUGCCCCAGCUGUUGACACAACAUAUGCGGCUGUAGCAUGUUCUAUUGAUGGCAAUGUUAAAUUUGAAGAUUCUCCACAAAUCACAUCUGGCCCUAUCCCUGGUAAGAUUAAAAUAAACAUUACAACCCUUCCUUCUGUGAUUGCCAAGGAAUCCCAAAGCGAGGGAGAUGUAGAAAUUUUGCCCACAGAUCAAAGUACUGAUAAUGGACAUGGUCCAGUACUUGCUGAGGCCACCAAAGAAUGUGGGGAGGAAGCAGCAGGUGGGGAAGAUGGGGAGGAACCUCCUCCACCUGGUGUUGAACCUGUGCAACUGAAACCUAGAUUGGUGGGAAGAAACCUCACAGUACUGCCACCAGUGGUGAAAGGAUCAGAACUGUCUGGAUUGUGCUCCGUAAUGUGAAAUUAUGUGGUGUGCUGUACAAAUGUAUGAUGAAAGUUCUAUAUAUA